AUGACGAAAAGUCAGGCUUUGAUCUCCUUUUCAUGCCUAAUCGUCUUCCUUUUCUAUCACUGCACUGCAACAUUAGCUCAGUCAUCAUCGUCGCCACCUGCCCAGGCACCAUCCACAUCUAAGAAUCAUCCUUCAUCUCUAUCCCCAGCUCAAUCACCGGAUCAGCCACUAGUCCAAGCGCCGCCAGCAGCCAAAUCUAGGAGAAGAGCACAACCCACCAACGUUACAGAAAUCCUCGACAAAGCCGAUGGCUUCAGCGUCUUCAUUCGCCUCCUAACUGGCUGUAACUCUCAACUCUCUCCCCAACAAAAAGUCCAACUGGUUAAAUACCACGUCCUCCCAACCUUCGUAGCCCUACAGAACUUCCAAACCCUAACUAACCCGGUUCGCGCUCAAGCCAGCAACACUCGUGACUUCCCAUUAAACAUUAUUACUGACGGAAAUGCUGUCAACAUAUCAACUGGUGUUGUCAACACAACCAUAUUUGGAACGGUUUACUCAGAUAACCAGCUGGCUAUCUAUCGGGUCGAUAGGGUGUUGCUUCCUAUUAAAAUUUUCGCUCCUAAGGUGAGCUCACCGGCUCCGACACCGGUCGCGUUAAAGCCUAACAUGCAGGCUUCUUCUUCGUCGUCACCAUCAUCGAUAGCAUCAGCAUCGUCUGGAUCACCGUCGCAGUCGUUAAAACCAUCUUCAGCAUCUACAUCAUCGUCACCGACAACAUCGGUGAACCAGUUGCCACAGUGGAUACAUCUGGUGUUCUUCAGCCUACCGGAACUAGUGGGUUGUUAAUCUCCGUUGGGCUGGCUGCUGUUGCUUUGUUGUUAUG